GGCGCUGCUCCAUUCUCUGUGGCCUCUUCGCAAUUUUGAUUUGCGUCUGCUCACUCGCUCCUCCACGACGAGCUGACAACCACGAUCGUGGCGGCGGCGGCGGCGGCGGCCUGCGAGUUGCUACGCUACUGACCUACCUAGGGGGGACGCUACGCCGCACAGACGCCGGAGGUCUUUUUGCAUCAAGCUGCUGUGAGAUGGACAUCUUUUAUCAAUGCAAGGAUAUCAUCAAGAUCCAGAAGUUUCGACGUAUAGCGUCCUAUGCUGGAUUUUACUGCUUCAGUACCCUCAUUACCUAUGCCUACACAAGCAACACGACAAGGGCUGGGAUUUCUAGAGCUGACCAGUACUAUGCUUCCUACCCUGCUGGUACUGAAUUACUAACUGAUACGGCAAAGCUUUACAAGGCGGCAUUAGGUAAUUGUUUCGAAAUAGAUGACUGGGGCCCAAUAGAAUUCUCCAUCAUGACAAAGCAUUUUGACCGGCAAGGCAAACCACCAUAUGCCUACCAUGCUCAAUAUAUGGCGCACCUCCUCUCUCAUGGGCAGCUCGAUGGAAGCGGUUAAACUCAUGACGUGUUUUACUUGAAAUUUGGGAGGCUCAACUGUAGUUCCUAGGUUAAAGCAUUGUAAUACUGGCAUCCUCAGUAAAAUGAGGUUGCACUGGAUUGUAUCUUGUACGAAAGGAUGUGUUGCUGACAUGUUGAGCAUAGCUGGCUCGUGAAAUGAUGUCAGAAUUGCAAAACACAGCUAGAUUCCGAAUUUUGGUCCAGUGUACCAGUCUGUGCGAGUAUUUCUGUGAAGAAAAAGAAGAGCAUGAUACUGCCCAGUUGUA